GAACCGGCAGCGCUAAACGUUCAGAUUCAACUUUAGUCCACUGAGGAACUUCCCCAACUUGUUCGGCGGAUUUGGGAUCUGAAAGCCAUUCGGUUUCUCCAAGCGCUUAUAUUUUACGUACAUUUUCCCCUUAAUGUACAAAUACUCUUUGAAACAUUUGGAUAUACCUCAGAAACAACGCGACUGAAGUAUUCGAUUACCAUGAUGGAAGCUUUAUUGUAGAAUUUGGUGGAUGAUGGCGUAAUAGCCCCUUUGCUUUUGGUAAAUCCUUGAAAACAACGUGGGAACUACAAUUUAUCAUGGCCCCGCUCACAACACCUAAAAAGGCAGGACAAUCAGGGUCUGUUGAUCCGUGGACACCAACUUCCAACUUGAAAAUGCUCAUCAGUGCUGCAAGUCCGGAGAUUAGGAACCGAGAGAAGGAACUGUGUCCGCACCCUGAAUUUCACAAAGCUCUUGAUUCUUCACAGGGUGUUGAAAAUGGAGAUGAGUCUGAAAAAUUGUUAAGCCGAAAAGAAAAGAGUCUGGGUUUGCUUUGCCAUAAAUUCCUGGACUGCUUUCCGGAUUGGCCCGACCCAACCGCCAACAAUGAAAUCUACCUGGAUGACGUGGCCACUGAACUCCAUGUGGAGCGCCGUCGCAUAUAUGACAUCAUGAACGUGCUGGAAAGCCUUCACAUCGUGAGCCGUUCUGCAAAGAACCGCUACACGUGGCACGGUCGAACCAAUCUGGCCCAGACCUUGGCCGUUCUCAAGCAGGUGGGCGGGGAGCAAAAGUACCGCCAGCAGAUGCAGCAGAUCAGACAGCGCUUCCUGGAUAAAGAAUUUGACGUCGAUGGUGACGAGAAGGAAAACCAAGAGUCGAUGCAAUUGGAGAACGGUGAACAAAAAGAGCUCAAUUUUGUGGAGCUACCUGGAGUGGAGUUCAAAGCAGCUUCUGUUAAUAGUCGUAAGGACAAAUCUCUGAGAGUGAUGAGCCAGAAGUUUGUCAUGCUCUUCCUGGUUUCUAAUCCUCCCGUGGUCAGUCUGGAUGUGGCUGCCAAAAUACUGAUUGGAGAGGACCCCAAAGCAGAUCAGGACAAGAACAAAUUUAAGACUAAAGUGCGGCGACUUUAUGACAUUGCUAAUGUGCUGCGGAGCCUGAAACUCAUCGAAAAGGUCCACGUCACGGAAGAGCGAGGGAAGAAGCCGGCAUUCCAAUGGGUCGGCCCCAACGAACUCCCACAAGUGAACGUUCUAGAUGUGACAAGCACCCCCUCCAUGUGUCCACCUAAUAAAGCAAAGGGGCUGGGGUCCCGCCCCUCUGUGGAAAACUGUGCCAAAAACCUCUUUUCAUCACCACCCGGGGCGAAACGAAGCUUCACCCGACACCCGUCUCUCGUGAAGCUGGCCAAGAGCAUUCAAGAUGACCGGCGCAAGAUCAGCUCAGCUCCCAGCAGUCCUGCCAAAGCUGACAGCGACUUUCCCAGCAAAAUGGCCCAACUUGCUGCGAUUUGCAAGAUUAAGCUUGACCAGGAGUCAGCUACCAGAGGCAAGCAUCCAAAGGCAGUUGCCGCCGAGACAAUGACGACGUUUGCGAGGCUUCAGCCUAGCGUCUCCAUCCCGGCGGAGCCGCCUCAGGCAUCCCGCCUAACUCCAAACGAGAAGGCUGGCGGGAACCCAAACGUGCACGGCACCCCUCUGGCUUCCUGGCCUUCAGGCAGAGUCGCCUACAUCCCGGCGCAGUGCUUCCCCGUCAUUUUACCCCCGCAGUCGGGCGGCCGACCCUACGCUGUCUAUAUGCACCCGUCGUCUCUCAGGCCCAACAAUCUGGCCAGACCGCAGCCGACCAGUUACGCCGUACGCUCCAUGACCUUUGAGGAGAAGACUGGGCGCAGCUCCACUGCCAAGAUCCAACCCGCUUCCAGGGCACCGGACGAGAGCCCCUCGUUGGUCAAACGGUUGCGUUCGGACUCGGCUGCGGAGAGCAGCCCUUCCAAAACCAGACGGACUGACUCCAUACUCAAGGACACCUCCCCAAAGCCACUUCACGUCCCUCAAGCCCGUCUGAAGAUUCUUCGCAGCUGUCAGCUGUCCAACCGGCCCUCCCCCCGCGCCCUCCACCUGGACCCAGAAUUCAUCAACACUCCCGGCAGUGACGUGAUUGCGCAAACACUGGAGCAGAGCUUGGAGACCUUUCUGGACAGGGAUGACAAGGCGGUGACUUCUGAUUGCGAGACGGGUUUAACGCCCGUCAGAAGCACACCCGUGCAAAUUAACACUGAGACUUUAGUGCCAGCUGGAUACCUGAUCCCACUCACCCAGCAACCUGUUGUCACGUACAAGGAAAAUCAGGGAUCUGCAGCAGAAAACAACAAGCCAUCUACUCCUGCUUAUGUCUACCAAACACCUACUGCGGGAUCCAGACCACCCCCAGUCCAGGAAGUGACUCCCACCAACUUCCGUCUUCACGGACCAUCUACAACCACCUCUCCGCACCCGAACCAGCAGGUCCAACGUCUUCACAGCCCCAGUCCCGCCAUCCUCAACUUCACCCUUCAGAACCUGGGUCUAAUAUCGGGCUCCAGCCCCGGGAACACCUUCGCUUCACCGCAGACCCCCGAGCGGUCCAACGCCGUGCUCAGCCCUCUGACUCUGCAGCAGCGAGGGAUGGUUUUCAUCAAGCCCGUGACGGUCCAGCAGUCCUCGCACCCGGUGGCUCUAAUCAGCAUUCAACAGCCUUUAAUGACUACCCCCAAAGGGACAGGACUCCCCCAGCCCAGUUUCUUCCACACACCGGUUCCCCUCUCCCCUUUGGCAUCUGCAGUGGUCUCCCCCAGUGGACAGGCGGCCCCUAAAACUGCUUACAUCCCUCAAAGAAAACUGGACGUCAACACUGAAGAAACACUCUGAUGUCUGUACAAUGUUUGUGCUUGGGUGGGGGUUUUAUGCAUUAUUUUUUUCCUCCAUGACUUUGUUUAGAAUUUUGCAAUGGUCUUGACUUCUGGGGAGUGCAAAUGAGAUUCAAUACGUGGCAGCAGACAUUUUUCCAUUCUUUUGUUUUUCAGGCA